AGAAUUUGACAUAACCUCACAUAAACUUAUGUAAAAUUUUGUUUGCCCUCUGUUUUUCUCAGUAGUAAAUAACAUAAAUCAAUAGUUGCUCCCCAUGCAACUAAAUUAUGAGUAAUUUUGUCUACUUGGAUGUUGAGUUAAAACUGAGAGACGAUACAUCAGCUGUAUUGACAUCGGCAUAUUUUCAAGGCAGCAUUGAAAGCUCUCUUUUGGAUUUUUUCGGUGAAAUUGGCGGACAAACUGAACUGGAGCUAAUAGAAUUUGAUGUCGCAAAGAAAAGGGGAAUUUUAAAAGUACCCAAAGAAUACACACCACAAACAAGAGCUGCCAUAACUUUAAUAGGACGAUUCCAAGAAAUACCCUGUCACUUUGCCGUACUUAAAGCAUCUGAGAAACCUAUAGAGCUGUAG